GAUCACGUGACGAUCUUUGACGUGUGACGGUUGGCGAUCUGUGAGAGAGUGACGGUGACUCGAUCGGUGACAAGUCACGCGUCGGGUGAGCGACGGUGAAGGUGGAGGGCGCAGUGACCGAGAGUUUAGUGAGAGUUGUGUGAGCGGUGGGCUUUGGUGGACAAACUGCAGUGCAUGAGCUUCUGGUUGUGAUUAGUGAGGGUUCAGGGUUCAGGUGCUGGUGCAGACUACAGUUGACGGGAGCUGUAUAGUGGAAAAGCAAAGGCUUGAUUGAAACUAGCCGGCUGGCAAGUGGAUACGCUGAGUGUUUUUAACAGUGCUGAAUUUGCUGAAAAACUUUACAUUGCAAUAUCUGUUAGAGCACGCACUCGAGCUGCGAACCUACAUACAAUACAGGUCUACAAUUCAAGCAACAUGGCAAAUCGGUUUGUGAUGUGAUACUUUCCGUGCCGUGAAAGCCGUGAUAGAGCAGCUCACUUCACAGAAGCAUAGCCACCUUGUUGAAAACAUUGAGGAGAUAUAUCCGUCAAUGACCCGAUGAACUUCGCUCUGACAAUCGCUGCUAUCUUCAAUCAGUCAAAUGCCGAUCAAAGCCGAUCAGUGACGACCCUCACACUCCACUGCGAACACCGUCUGGCGACUCUCCACCCCUGUCGUGUCUCUGUUGACUCCUGAAUCGUGACUCGGAUGACUCCUGAGUCGUGACUCGUCACUGUUGACUCGGGAACGGAAGAGCACCAGUCCGUGAAGAGCGCCGCGUGGCCGCUGGAGCGGCGUCGCGGCGGGUGGACGCUCCACAGUACCUCAGCACAGUGUCGCUACUACCGGGACGCUCCUCACUUCUCACCGUGUCGCGACCUGUGGACACGAUGGCGGCAGCAGCAGCGGGCCUGCUGGCCGCUGGUGUGGUGACAGCCGCCCUCCUGCACCGCUCCGGCUGGGGCAGCCGCCUGCUGGACGCGCUGUUCCGCUCUCGGGACGAUUACCGCAGCUGGUUGGGCGUGCUGCGCGCCGGCUCCGGCCAACAAACCGAUGACACCACAAGUGACGUCAGCAGUGACGUCACUGACGAGAAGAACUCGGUCGGAGACGUCUCUGAGAAGAAGGUUUCGGUGUCGUAUGGAGAGAACAACACCGUCAACAUCAGCUAUGGAGGUGCCGCUGAGUCGGAGAAGCUGCUCUCUUCUAGCGGAGGAGGUGGUCUGGAGUUUGAGACCUGGGAGGUGGCGGAGGCUGCUGACGAUUCCACAGAUGGCGCUGCGGUAGACCUCGGCGAGGAGGCCUGUUCGGACGUCAGCGAUCAGCUUAUCACAGGCCUGGAUGCUCCCGGGCUGGCGGCGAGCCGCGGAGGAGGACCCAUCUUCUCCCUGGACGAUAUCAGGUCCAACACUCCGCCGCCGGCGUUUGCUGAUCAGCCCGUGCCGCCCAACUCGGUCCGCUGGGACCUGGAGCUGCACUCUGCGGAUCUCCAGCGGACCCCUGCGCGGGGAUCCACCCUGGGAUCCCGCUGGGGCCGGCCUGCCACGCCCCCCGGCGGCCGGUUCCGGCGGAGGUCCGUCUCCCCUCCCGCCUCUCUGACCUCCAACGGAGGCGGAAAGACCUCAGUCCGGGGCUCCUCUGGCGCUGCAGCCGCCUGCGCUCGGCAGAAGCUCCGCUCUGUCGAGACGCAGACCGACUCUGGCAAGUUCGGUAUGCGUCGGGCCGGUUCUGAGUGGGCACUUCUGGAGCGCAGCGCGCAGACGGCUAGUAUCCGUUCAGAGAGAAUCCGCCGCGCCGCGCAGAUGUUUGAGGAGAUCGCGCAGGCGGAGCGAGCCGCCGCGCUGGCGCUGUCUCCGCUGCCGCGCCGGCCGGCUCCGGAGGACAGCCCGGAGCCGCAGCCGGAGCCGGAGCCGGAGCCGGAGCCGGCCGUGGAGCAGGAACGCCGCUCACAAGUGGCAGCCAGUCGCUCGGUGGACGCCAUUGUAGCCCUUGGUGGGCCGGAGGGCGAGGAUUCUGACAGAGACGAGGAGUCGGAGGAGCUGCUCUGGCUCAGGGUCAAGACCAAGAUCGCUGAGCGACGACAGAAGUUCCAUCAGCUGGACCUGACAGCUCGCGGCGGGGGUGAGACGACGGAGGAGACGCGGCCGACCCAGGUGGCGCCACCGUCUCCGCUGCCGGCGCUUAGCCGUCCGGUGCUCGGGUCUUCCCUGUCUGAAUCAGAGGGAGCCUCCUCGCCAGUGACCUCAGGGUCACUCGGAGAUGAUCUGGAUACGUCGGGGUCAACAGGUGACGGGUCCGAUACGCUCCGAUGCUGGACCGGAAAGUACAUCGAGCAAGACGAAGAACAAGAGGUCCUGCGCCGCCUGGGUAACCCCGUGCUGGCGGAGCAGAAACUCAACUUGAAGCUGAAGACUCGAACCAGGCUGGAGGCGGGUCGGGCGGAGAGCGAGCGGCAGAAACAGCGGAUUCAGGAGCAGAGGGAUCAGACCCAGCUGAAACUGGACCAGGUCAAGGCCAAACUCACCCGCGACGGAGCCUUCGAGAGAAAAAGAUUGGAAACCGUACUGUAUCGGCUGGACCAAAGCAUCCGCGAGGAGCAGCAGAGGCUCUCUCAGCUGACGCGCCGAAUCACCGAAACCGACGGAGACAUCGAGGGCCUGGAGCGCCGGCUGAGUCAUCUGGUGGUGGAGUCGGAUACUAGAGCUUUGCCACUCUCCCCGCUAGAGUAACAUUUGUGGUGUGAGAGUGGAAAGGCUCUCUGAGCUCGGUGCGGGUGUGGUUGUGGGGAGGUGGGCCUGUGAGGUGCCAUGUGAUUUGUCGGUCCGAAUGAUAACUGUGAGAGUCAUGUGCACAGAUCAUGUGAUUUGUAUUCGUAAGUCAAGAAUGUUUUCAACAAGCCUAUGAAUUUGUGUGUCCUGUUUUUAUGUGAUCACUGAUUAAAUUGUCGAAAGGCACAGUGUGGCGAUUAUUCCUAAGAUGUGCAUGUGUAAUGUCUGUAGUUUGCCUAUGUAUAUUGCAUUGGAGACCUGUACUAAAGAAAGGUUUUAUGUGAACGCACUCCCAGCUUAUUUUUCACAUUUUAUUUCUUACUCUGUCCUUUCACUGCAUGAACAAGUGCAAACAAAAUCCCAGGCUAUCUUGAUUGCCUUGUCGUGUCCAGGUCCUCGUGAUUUUACUAUUAUUACGUGUAAUUUGAAUGUUGAUGAAAAGCGGUUGUCAAUGUGUGAUGAUCUGUGGGCUUGAAUUUCUCAAGCCUUCAAUGGUUAUGGACAUUCCUCUGGCUCGCCGUGUCACAAUGCGCUCCGAAAAUUUGAAUAUAUUCACGACUGUA